AUGGUCAACAAGAAAGAAAAGGAGGGAAUCUUUUCCUUUGGUCUGCUUGCUUUUAAGGGCUUUGGAGGAGAUUUUGUAAUCAGUUAUGAAAACAGCGUUGUUAGCCGGUCCUCAACAGCACCAUCUUUCACUACCAAGGGAAGAAGAACGGGGAGGGGGGGCCGCGCCCCGCCGCGCUCCGCGGGCCGAUCCCGGGGCCCCGACGGCUGCGCUCGGACGGGGGCGAAGGCGGGUGCGCGUCGGGCGGGGGAGGGAGGGCGGGCCGGGCCGGCGGCGCGGGCUCGGCGCAGGCUCCGUGUCCCGGCGGGCGCUCCCGGCGCGUCCCCGCGGGGCGGGGCGGGAACGAGCCGCAUUCCAAUCACUGCCGGCCGGGCGCGCGCGGGGAGGCGGGAGCGCGCCCGUCCGUCAGCACGUGCCGGGGGCGGGAGCGCUGGAGCGGCUCCGCGGCGAGGAAAAGUUGGCCGGGAGGAACCGGCCGGGCUCGCUCUGCCUCCCCCGCAGCCCCUCCGCGGCCCGCCGCCUGAGCGGGCUUGUCUCCGAGCGCCCGGGCCCGGGCGUUAUCCCGCCCCGCCGCCCAGCAGGGCUCUCCCGGGGAAGCAGCUCCUCUGGGGAAGGGCAGGAAGGUGUGAGAGCAGGACGCGGCCAGGUCGCUGUCACGGAAGCGCUGCUGGCCGAGAAGGGGGAUCGGGGCACGAGAAGCAGCCGCGGCUGGAUUUGGCUGCAGGGCCGGGGAGCUCCAUCCACAUGCUGGUGGAGUUGGCGCCAUGGAAAACGGGGGAGCUGCCAGGAUUCACGGAAGAACUUCUGAACAGAGAGCAGCUUCUGGGACUGCUUAGGAGAUCAAUGAAGUCUCCAACAACCACUAGCCAUAUAAGCCUAUAAAAGGUGCAAAAUGUGUUAUGUAUGGAGAAUUUAAUCUCUCAGCAUGUGCCUCCUAACCUGUGGUUAUGUGCAUAGGUGUAAUUACCACCACCAGCCUGUUUCCAGUCCAUUCUAGGUUGUGUAACACAAAGCUGAAUAAGUGACACGAGGAAAACGUGAGAAUAAGUAAAUUCUGCCAAAUGAACUGAAAUCUUGCAAGUUUGAAUUCAGACUGGUGUCACAAUGCAGAAGAAUGGCAGCUCAGAAGAGUUCACAUUCCAGAAACUGGUUUACAUAAUAACAGAGGGCAGAAAAUCACCAUCCACAAAACAUUACAGCCCUGUUCUCCUUUUGCUGCAACAGCUGGCAGUGAGAGUACAAUCUGAAAGGAAAACUCUGCUCUGUCAUUAUUUUAUAUCAACACAGCUUAGAUUUAGGUAUGCUCUAUUUGAUGCCAGAGCUAGAACCUGAAGCUCUGGCUUGCACUAUCACAUUUCUUGCAAGGAUUUUUUGGCCAGAAGUAGAUGCUGUGUAGUGUACAUGCAACAAAGCAGAAACUUUCAAUUAGUGUCAUAUAUGUGGUGUACCCACAAUGAAUCUCAGUAAGUCUCAGUAAGGGAUUUGCAGGAGGCAGCAGCUGAGUACACUCACACUGCCACCUCAGCCCAUUCUAUUACUUUUUACCCCCCAGUUUCCAGGCCUGUGUCAGUCACAGGAACUGGGCAGGCUUCUGUGCAUUAAUCACAGGGGAAUCUGAGAUGUCCUCAGAAUCAGUACAGGGAAAAAUUUGCAGGAAGAAAACGAAAAUGUGUCAAGGAAUGUGAUGGGUGCAGCAGAAAAACAUUUGUUUGUGAAAGAAUGUAUCUGGUCUUUGUUUAUA